UUCACACUGUCACUAUCGUCAAAAUAGCAAUAGAAUGAAAACAUGAAUGUGAUCGUUCAUGUUUUACUGGAUAUUAAAUAAAUCUGCUGUCGUCACGCAGGCAAAGUGCAAACGAGAGAAGAGGUCAUGCUGCCUACUAUACCAUUUGCAUCUCCAACUUCCAUUGGAUGACUAAAAACCACCUGAUCUUUAUGUAAAUAAUACUGUACUAUAUGAAUUACAAAGGUCAGGUUUUACAGGUAUUGCAGGUGUUAAGCUACAUAAAGGCAACUUUAAAGUGGCUCAACAAAGCAGCAACAAUGAGUACAGGACCAGAAAAUGCCAAAGUUCUAGUGAUUGGGUCAGGGUUUGCAGGUUUGGCCGCUGCAUCCAAGUUAAUCGAAGCAGGAUUUGAAGAUGUCCUGGUUCUUGAGGCAAAGGAAAGAGUUGGAGGUCGAGUUCACACCACUAAACCAUUCACCGAGAACAUAAUCGAAGUUGGAGCGAACUGGAUCCAUGGGCAGAAAGGAAACCCACUGUACAAGAUUGCCAAAGAGAAGAACCUGCUAUCUGAAGGACCGUCAGCAAUGAAAAACAUGUGCCUCCCUCAUUCUGUCUCCCCUCGAGAUUACUUUUUCAACGAGGAUGGGAAGCCGGUCCCCAAAUCAGUUGUAGAUCAAGUGUGUGCACGCUUCAGCAAGCUCACAGAUAAAGCUUUUGAUGAUGAGCUGGACGGCAAGUACAGAAAACUAACACUGGGUGCGUAUUUAGAUGAUGCCUUUGGAGGAACAGAAUUAUCCAAAACCGAAGAUGCCCGGCAAGUUUAUGAAUGGUGCAAGAGGGUUGAAUGCACAGAUGAGGCUUGCUCCAGUCUCUAUGAGAUUUCUGCAUCUCAGCUUAGCAAUUACACAGAGCUAGAGGGAGGGUUUUUCAACACUCUGGGACCUGGUGGAUAUCAAGCAAUUUUAGAUGUUCUUCUUAGAGAUGUGCCUUCAGAAGCUGUCCGGUGUAAUGCACCAGUUAAGACCAUCCGCUGGGAUCUGGUUAAAGAAGGCCAGAGCGAGGAGGAAGAUCAUCCUGUUCAGGUCGUCUGUGAAAAUGGACAGACUUUUGAAGCAGACCAUGUGAUAGUCACCGUAUCUCUUGGUGUUCUCAAAGAGCAUGCUAAAACCAUGUUUGAUCCGACUUUACCAGAAAAGAAGCUGUCCGCUAUUAAUGAUCUCGGCUUUGGGAUUGUGAACAAAAUCUUUCUGUUUUUUGAGAAGAGUUUCUGGCCGGAUGAUUGUGCUGGGGUUCAGCUGGUGUGGAAAGAGGGGCCUGAGGAUAAAGAUGUGUAUGAGGAUCUGUCUGAAGGAGAAGACUGGAAGCAGACGUGGUUUAAGAAGAUCACUGGUUUUGAUACGGUGGCUCGUCAUCCUACUGCUCUGUGUGGCUGGAUCACGGGCAGGGAAGCACUUUAUAUGGAGAGUCUUCAGGACAGGGAAAUCCAGGAGGUCUGUGUGAGGUUGCUCAGGUCUUCAACAGGCUGGCCAGUACCAGAAGUGUCAAAGACGCUGAUCUCCAGAUGGGGCUCUGAUCCUCAAGUCCGCGGCUCCUAUACAUUUGUACCUGAUGGUGUUGAUGGAGUGGAAGCACACAAGGCUUUAGCGUCCCCUCUUCCCCCUAAACACAGGUCCAGGGGGAGGAAGAACCUUCAGGUUUUGUUUGCUGGUGAAGCGACGCAUGUGAACUUCUACACCACCACCCAUGGAGCCUAUUUAUCCGGACAGCGAGAAGCAGAAAGACUCAUCAGCUAUUACUCUGACUGAACAUACAGUCGCAAAGACAGGGGAACAUACACUUUGGUCUUAUGAAGAAACAUUUUAUAAGCGUAAAGCACUUUAUAGACUUGCUCUUACAUCAUAUAGUUUGCGUUUUGUCUCUGCCUGACCCAGAAGCAGUUUAUAGCUUAACUGUGAGUGCUUGCAAAUGACAUCCACCUGCUCGUGUUAUCAUGCAUAUCUCCGUCCUGUUAAUUGUUAAACAUCAACGACGUGUUGUACAUGUAGUACUGAUAAAGAAAUAGUCUUUUGCACUUGCCAAGCAUUUAUACUGUUAUGGAGAAAAAAAUGAAAAGACCUCUUGAAAAUUCCCAGUCUCUCUGGAUUUAAUAUGUGUGUUUAUGAUUAAUAUUAUUUGUUUUAUUCUAUAAAUUUUUAAUAUAUAAAAUAAUUCUUUCAUA